AUGCUGCACUUGAGCUUGUUGACGGUUCUUGCCAGUGCGCUCGCGGUUGUGGCCCCCGCCAGUGCCCAAGGACCCUACCCCGGCCAAAUCAAAAACCUGGUGACAUUUGGUGAUUCCUACAGCGAUGUCAACACCCCAGGCGACAACGCCACAGCAUGGCCAGUGUAUGCAGCCAUGUACGGGAACUUCACGCUCUACCCGUUCGCAAAGUCCGGCGCGACGUGCUCGAACUACCUGACCUACCGGCCGUACCCACCGGUCUUCGAGUAUCAGCUCCCGCUAUACUUCACGGAGAAAUUCAAUGGCUCGCUGGAGCCCGAUCCGACGUCGACGAUGUAUAUGCUGUGGAUCGGCACGAACGACGUGGGCGCGAACGCGCUCUUGACCGGCAGCCAAACUCCGGGAGUCACUUUGGUCGAUACAAUCUCUUGCGCCGUGGACUGGGUGAGGGUUCUGUAUACGAGUGGCGCGAGGAACUUCAUCUUCCAGAACAGUAAACAGAUGCUGCCUCUGCAAGACACGAUCUUGUACUCGGCCAAUUCAUACCCUAACCGGUAUUGGACCGAAGACAGGAACACGACGGAGUGGAACGUCUUCAUGACCGAGCUCACGAACACCGGCAACGCCCUAUCCAGGCUGAUGCUGCAAGCCCUUGCGCCGACUCUGGAGGGAGCGCACCUUGGUAUCUUCGACUCAUACGGGCUGAUCUCGGAUAUCCGAGCUUUCCCGCAGAACUAUUUGAAUGGCACAGCACCCUUGAACGUUACAGGAUGCAUCAACUCUUGCAUCUACCAGCUCAACGAAAGCACGUCGGAUACGGCAGACUGCACGGUUGCUGAGGGCACCGCACGCGACAGCUUCCUGUGGUAUGAUGAACUGCACCCGUCUGAACAGACGGACAGGGUGAUUGCGAGGGAGCUUGCCGCCGCGAUUGUGAGGAACUCUUCGAGCUGGAUCACAUGGCUGACUUGAGCUGGGGGAGGGAAGAAAGUCUUGUGCCGAUCGGCAGAAGGAACAUUGAGUCGUUCUUGGAUAGCCGUAGGAACACUGGGACGAACAUCAUUUCAGUAGGCACCGCAUUGGAGACACCUAGGAUUAAGACUUGGAGUCAAUGAACGACAGGCAGCUCAAGAGAUACAGAUAGACUGGAGAUCUCGUUCGCCACUGAUGUCGCCAUUAGAAGGAUCCCGUGAAGCGGAGGUUAUGCCGGCAUUGCAGCUUCGGAUACAAGAAUAGUGGCCUUCCUGUUCUCAGAGUGUAUAAGCACUAUACAUAUACGGACCGAGAAACAUCAGCAGCCGUCG